AUGAGCCAACGGGUGGGCAUAUCCUCAACCACGAUAGCAUCGCGUGCCACAGCAGGGAACCCAUCUCAAGCAGACGCCCAACGCGAACAGAUGAGCGGUGAUGCCGAGAUCCGUACACAGGUCCCUCCCUCUGCGCUGUCGUACUAUGCCCUGUUUCCUCAGACGCUUUCGACCGGGCCGCCACCAUCAGGUCCUUUCCACAUCGAUGUUCGAGCGUUGCGUCGCGAAUUCCUGCAGCUCCAAGCGGCUUCACACCCCGACUUCCACCAUCACGCCGCCUCGUCGGGCGGAGAUGGCGAUCCAAGUGGUAGACACUCAGAGAGCCGGCGCAAGGCCGAGGCCGUAUCGGCACACAUCAACGCGGCGUAUAAGACACUGUCAAACCCGCUCCUCCGAGCGCAAUAUCUCCUGCACGAGCGCUUCGGAGUCGACCUGGCCGGCGACGAAGCUUCCGAGAUGGCGAUACCCGAUCAGGAUUUGCUGAUGACGGUGCUUGAGGCGCGAGAGACAAUUGAGAACGCAGAGUCGGAGGAGGAUCUCGAGGAGGUACAACAGGAGAAUGACGAGCGGAUAAAGGAAAGCGAGGAAUUAUUGGGCGAGGCAUUCGCGAAGGAUGAUGUUGAGAUGGCGAAAUCGGAGGCCAUUCGGCUGCGAUAUUGGGUCAAUAUCAAGGAGAGCAUAGAUAAUUGGGAGAGAGGCAAGCCUAUCGUACUGCAGCACUGA